AUGCGUCACUACGGUGUUGGCAUUCCAAACAACAUGGCUUCCGAUCGUACAUUUGAUGAUUUGAACCUCAGCAGAGACGAGGUUAAAAGAUUAGGAGAGGCAUUGAAAGAUGAGCAAUUUAGGAAACUGCUUGUUGAAUAUGCCGAGGAAAUUUCGAAUCCCGAGAACAGACGCAAAGCUGAGGAAGAAAUUGCAAUGCUGGAAAAUGAACGAGGCAUGAAUGUGCAGUUUAUUCACCCACAACCUGGGUAUGUUUUGAAGACGACAGUCAACGGGACAAAGAAAGCUUUUAUUAAUAUUUGUCAGAACGAAAAACUAGACAAACCGAAAUCAAAAAAGCAAACUGGACCUAAUGGGAAAAAUGGGCUUAUGUGGCAAAUACCUCACUCAUUUGCACCUCCCAAAGAAGAUUUUGACAAAAACAAAAAGUUGUGUGAAGUUUAUGAUGUUGUAUUUCAUCCAGACACUUAUCGAAUGGCUAUGUCUAAUGAAAGAUUUAAAAAGCUUGUUGAAGACACUGCCUUAGAUGGAAUCGAGCGUCAGUUUGGCGUUACUCUGGAUAAAAAGAACAUAAAGCGACCAAAGCUUAAAUUCAAAGGAAAACCAACUGCUACCAUAAUGAGGGAGCGAAAAGGUGAUGGUGUUCAAUCCCAGCUUGCACCUGAUGAUAUCCUUAACCAAAUGCCUUAUCCAUAUGACUCAAAGACUUCUUCAGAAAAGGCUUUAGAAAAUGAAGUUAAAAACUCAAAGAAAAAUUCUGUAAAAUCUGAGAAUGCAAAAAAUGCAGGAGAAGACAGUAAAUUUACGGAGCCAAAAUACACAUUGACUCAUAGAUCUGAAUUAGACUUGAGUGAAUAUCGAAAUGCGCCGGAUGCUAAAACUUCUACCCGUCCAAAAGAACUUGUUAUAAAAAUUGAGCUCCCAUUGCUGAAGACUGCUGCUCAAGCUAACCUAGACAUAUUUGAGAAAAGGCUAGUUUUAACGUCAGUGGCUCCAGCUGCUUACAAACUUGAUCUCGCCCUUCCUUUUCCAGUGAAUGAGGAUGAUGGCUCUGCUAAGUUUGAUAAGACAAAGAAAACCCUCACAGUGACUCUACCUGUCAUUCCUGAUAAAACACCACCACUGCCUUAUUCAGAUGUUGAUGAAAACAAAUCAUUAGUGACAGAAGUCACCUCUAGCGAUGUUGACCCAGGAGAAAAAUCUACUGAAAACAAAGUAGAGAAAAUACUUCUCACACCAGAGGUCUUAACUACUCAACAAACAGAUGAAACUCAAAGUACAGCGUAUAUUCAAGAGAAAGAAGAAAUCAGAACCAACACGUCAAGUUUUCCACAGAAUGUUAAAUGGAUUUUGCCAGAUUAUCAAUUUUCUCAAGACAGAGAAACUGUAUCAUUUAUUGUAACAGUUAAAAACGUUGAAGCAAAAUCUAUUAAAUUGUCACAUCCGUCACAGUCUGUCACUUUGCUGCAGCUCAUGUCCUACGGCACUGGAUGCUUUCCUGUGUACUACAGUCUCUAUGUCAGGUUCUCAGAGGACUGUUGCAUUUCUCCAGAGCAUAGCAACUUGGACAUAAGUGCUGAUAAUGUUGUGCUUGUUGUACUCAAGGAGAAGAGCAGUAGAGGCAUCUGGGACAGCUUUGAGAUCGGCAUUGAUGAAUCUCAGCUGCAGUACAAGCAGUUUCUUACAGAAAGCAAUCUACAGAGAGAGUUAUCAGAACUUGAUAAGGAAGCCACAGAGGAAGCCAACAUGCCCAUCCAGGUUGAGAUGAUGCCUAGCCUCUCUGUGGUCACUAUGAAUGAGCACAAACUGACCAUAGACAUCAAGCCACCCAAAGGGAAGAAGCAAAAGUCAAAGGACAUGCUUAUAGAGGAUGAAGAUGAGGAAUAUGACCCUCCAACAUCUGCUGAAAUCCAAGUCAUACACAAGCACCCUACUCCUAACCUGCACAGCAUUCUGAAAACUCGCACACCUUCCGAAUCAAGCGAGGAGGUCAUGGCAGUUGACCCGGAGAGCCCUCGUUCAGAAUCGGACGAGCUGUCCUCGUCCUUCAGCAAGAAGAGAUCAGUAUCUUUCAGCAACCACGUUGACCAUGCUUCGUUCAAAUCGUUCGCCUCCGUCUCCAGCAUGACCCCAGCCCUGAAGAGCAAACGUCGCCGACAGCGCAAGCGUGAUGAAAAAAGGCAGGGUCGGGUUCGUCGUACCAGCGAGGGCAACAGCAGCAGCGAGGAAUGCCUGCACUCUGGAGAUUCGUACUCCCUCAGUGAGGGAGAGAUCACUGAGAAGGGGAGCAACAAGAAUAGAAUGGUCCUGUGCAGAGCUGUGUCAGACCCUGGCCCCAAUAUCUACACAGAGGAGUUUGAAACCAAGCCAGAAGAGAAGAAAAAGAAGAAGAAAGGAAAGAAUGGUAAGAAGAAAGAAGAGAUCUCAGGUGAUUCCAAAGUGAUACCACAUUCAGAGAAUGGGCUCGACUUUAGGACUAGUAAUUUAGAUAAUGAGCCACGUGAUGUGGUGGAUGUUUCUUUGAAUGAGUGCCAGGAGUUCGUUGAGAAGAUGGAGACGCAAGAUCAGAGUGAGGCUAAGGAAGGGGAGAGCACUGUGGUGGAAAAUGGCGAGAAAUCAGCCAGCAAGAGGAACAAGAAGAUAAUAGCUGAGAUCAAGAACAAGAUGGCUGGAGGUGAUGCAUCAAGGGAUGUGGAUGACAAAGGGUAUGACAGUGAUGAUUAUGUUGAGGCUGUGAGUUUGGUGGCCGAUGAGUUGAGUGAGAAGGCAGUGAUAACAAGUGCCACCACUGGUGGUGACGGUGAGACCCCAGGCAGCAAACACAAUGGGGAGAAGGACGUGGAUGAUGAAGAGCGCUUUGACAAAAAAGAAAAGAAUUCGGACCAAAAUAAGUCAGAUGGUGGUAGCAGCAGUGUGAGAGAAAAGUCUGAUGUUGAGACCAUGCUUAGCUGGGAGGAAGAGCAGAUCAAUGGAGAGCAUGUGACUCAGUGCGCAUUUGAAUUUACAAACUCCAUGAUGUAUGAUCUUGAUGUUGAUUAAAUGUGACCCCCUGUCUAUUUUUUACUACUAGGGUUAUGAACAGUUUUUAUUUUAUUGUUCAUUUUUUUUCCUUAUUUUAUUUUGGUAAGGUAGAUAAUUGUGAAUAAAGGGAAGUAAAAAAAAAAUCUUGUUAGUUUAUGGAUAGCUUUUUUCUCUUAAAUUAUUUUAUAAGUUUUAAUUAUUUAUUAUUAUGAACUUAACUUUUUUCUUCAGUGAGUAUAAUUUAAAGGCCAGUGCUAUUAUUGUAUGAAUUUACUGGCAGCUUUAAAAUUAAAUAACUUGUUGAAACUUUUUAAAAAUCCUUAUUUGACCACACUGUAUGACCACAUUGCUUCAAUAGCAGUAGCUGUUGUCUGUUAGCUUGAAAUAUUUAGCAUAAGCAAUGAGUACUUUAAUUUUCAGACUAAUAUUUUGUUUUUGAAUGUUGGGCAGUAUUAUCAAAUUUUGUGUCAAAAUUUAAGACAGAUCUGAUUUUUCAAUAACCAUAAUUUUCAAAAAUGUAAUUCAUUAUUGCUGUUUUAUUGAAACCACCUAUUUAAAAACCACUCACAUUUUAAAUUUAAUGAAUUAUUUUAGAAAAAAGCACAUCUAAAAACCUUCUAUAUGUGAGUUUGUUAAGGUUUUUCUUAAUAUUUUAUUCAAGCUUUUCUCAUUUCUGGUCUAUAAUGUUUUAAAAAUAUUUUUUUCAAUGAAUUGUGUAUUUAAAAAAAAACGCAAUAAAAUAUUACACCAUUAAUAUAAAAUAAUGCAAUUAAAACAGGUUCAGCAUUCUUUUAAAUGAAAGGAUUUAUGGAACAUUCAGGGAUAAUUUUGCCCCCUCAAUAGUCUUCAUAUGUUACUAAAUUUCCAUCCUCAUGUUGUUUAUCCAUAUUGUUAAAAAACAAUUUAUUUUGCAUAGAAGUGUCUCUUUUCAUGAGUUUGUAUUUUUAUACACGUUUUAUACAUUAAGUAAAUGUUGACCAAAUAGUAUACCUUUAUAUUGCUUGCAUGUUAAAUAACACCUGAAUUUUCUUCUAUUUGUUUGUGCUAGUUAAACACAAGUGCAGUAAUGACUGUUACUACCUAUGUAGGUGUUUGUGGUUUCAUUUCUUUUACUUAAGGUUAAUUAGGUGUGUUGGGUCACUUUUGAUUUUUGCAGUAGGAUGAAUUGGCGUGUUGCAAAUCACAAUAUUGUUUAGUUUGGAAGAUGUUACUUCUAGUAAACUAAUGGGUUAUGAUUUAACUCAAGUAAUAAAUAAAAAUACGAAUAAAUUUGUUCUUGUGUUGUAAUCAUU